AUGAGUCUCACCGUAAUCUUUCAAAAAGAGCUAUUUAGUGUUGUAGGCAUAUCUCUUGGCAGCGUGCUGGAGUUUUUCUCAACCAUGAGGAACAGGCCGGCUUCCGAUGCUGUUGCUCUACUUAGUAUCAACUGGUUCAUUCUGGGUACUCUCUCUUCUCGGACACUGCCUGUCAUUGCUCAUAUGCUUGCACCGUCAGCCAUCAGGAUUGCUGUUCAGCUGCCACCCCGAAUUCCCAGCAUCCGACGGUUGUGCGUGGGCCGGAGGGCCAUAAAGUUACAAGAUCACCAGAACGACAUUACAACUUCCUCCGAUCGACGCCACCAUCCAACCGGGCGCCGUCCGCAGGUAUUUAAAGAUAUAUUUUUUCCAGUAUCUUUGUUGGCAUCAGACUUGGGGAUUCCAGGAAUUUAUCUUGUGCAUGAUUUUAUCACUGUGGAGGAAGAAAAGAGACUCCUUGCAGAAGUUGACAAUAGGCAGUGGAGAAGUCUGUCGAAAAGAAGAGUUCAGCAUUACGGUUAUGAAUUUUUGUAUGAGACAAGAAAUGUUGAUUCUAAGCAUUUUUUGGGCGAGCUUCCAUCCUUUGUUUCUAACAUACUUCAGAAAAUCUUAUCAUUUCCUGGUCUUGGUCGUGAUCAAAACAAAGAAAUGGAUCAGUUGACGGUUAAUGAAUAUCCAUGUGGGGUAGGCUUAUCCCCACACAUAGACACUCAUUCGGCAUUUGAUGAACUCAUCUUCAGCCUUUCAACAGCUGGCCGGAACUCUAUUUGAAUCAUGAUAGAGAUCUCAUAGUCCAAUCAUCUCUACCAUUGAAACGAGAAGCAUUUUGUCCAACAGACACUGACCAGAUAUAAAGGUUUCUAACCAUGAAGCAUUUAGCUGCUUUUGUGUAUCCAUGAGAAACUCUUGCAGAGUUAUUUUGGCACAAUAUGAUUGUUGUGUCAUGUGUUUUGGUUUCUUUCUUCUCUUAUCUUUGAAACAUUUUAGUUCAAGGAGACACAUUUUACUGGAUUUUCUUGAUUUUGUUGUAUUAAGUGUUGCAGUAGGUGGAAUUUUGGUUGCUCUGUGGACUUCUUGGAGCUUUUUAUAGGAUCGGAUAGAUUUUAUAUGCCACUGUGAUCAUUUUAUCAAGCCUUGUUCUUAUAGCUUUGGAUCCAAUGCCCAUACUAAAUAGGGAAAAGGGAGCACCAGUAAAUUCUGCAUGAGAUGUUCGAAUAUCUUAGUUUGCAGUCUCAAGAUUUGGCCAACUUGAAAACGAGAUUCUCAUGGGCAUGAUCAUUCAUGACCAUCUUUGUGGACUUGAUUACUAGACCAUCUUAUGGGCAUGAUCAUCUUGAGGAUUUGAUUACAAGACCAUCUUAUGGGCAUGAAUGAUCUUGAGGACUUGAUUACAAGACC